AUGAACCAACUAUCACUGAAUCCAGAAUUCCAUUUUCACCCAAGAUGCAAGAGACUGGGUGUGAUACACAUUUGUUUUGCUGAUGAUUUGCUUAAGUUUUACAGGGAUGAUAUGCAAUCUGUUAAACUACUGAAUAAAACUUUCAAGUUAUUCUCUGAUGCAUCUGGAUUACAAGCAAAUAUACUUGGAGUACCACUUUCCACUAAGAAAUUGACUAUUAGUCAAUGUCUACCUCUUGUGGAAAAGAUCACUUCUAAGAUCAGCUGUUGGUCUGCAAGAAUGCUAUCUUAUGCUGGAAGGCAUCAACUAAUAAAAUCUGUUUUAUUCAGCAUACAGACUUACUGGUCACAGAUUUUCAUACUCCCUAAGAAGAUCAUAAAGCUAAUAAAGGCAAUCUACAGAUCAUUCCUAAGGACAGGUGUGGGACAAAUAUGCAAAAAAGCACUGAAGAAGGAUUCUCUGUGGAUAAGGUGGAUUCACUACUUUAAUAUAAAGAUCAGGGACCUGGAAACAAUGCAAACUCCCAAGACUGCAGUUUGGGUAGUCAAGAAGAUCAUUGAUAGUAGGAAUACAAUCCUAAAGAUGCACUCUUUACAGGGGACUCUCAUACAGAAUUUAGAAGCAAUGUAG